GGCGAGCUGCUCAGCGUGGGCUUUGGGGACGGUCUUAAAUACUCGCGCAAAGUGCUUGGGCUCGGCUCGGCACACGUGAGGAGAAGGGGGAAACUGAGUCGGAGAGAGGGAAAAGAACGAUGCUGGUUUCGGGAAGGACGGAGCAACUUCGGUAGUCCUGGGCGAGCCACCGACGCCAGGCAAGGGAAGCGCCUCCGCAGAGUGCCGGGAGACCUGUCUGGAAGGGCGCUGGGAGAGACCCGUCACAGCUAUUGCUUUUGCUACUCACAGAAUCAGAGGCUCUGCCUCUGUCCUGCUCCAGGCAGCUCUACCUCAGAACAGAGAUUGCUUCUCUAGCUCCAGCCAUGUCACUGGGUGGAAGAGGAUUGCUGUGACACCGAGCCAGGGACCAGCGUGGAGCCAUUUGCCUGUGCCUGCUCAGUCAAGUGACGGACGGCUCAGAGCCCAGGAGUACCGCGUCCUGAAAAACGGGCACGGCGAAGAUGACCAUGGGAGAGAGUACCUCCCCUCCCCUCCACACCACCUCAGGCGCCGUCGGGGCUCUCUCCAGCUUCUCCGUCGUGGACUACGUGGUGUUUGGCCUGCUGCUGCUGCUCUCGCUCGUCAUCGGGCUCUACCAUGCUUGCCGUGGAUGGGGCCGUCACACCGUGGGCGAGCUGCUGCUGGCCGACCGCAAGAUGGGCUGCCUUCCUGUAGCGCUGUCCCUGCUGGCCACCUUCCAGUCAGCGGUAGCCAUCCUAGGGGCACCGGCCGAGAUCUACCGGUUCGGGACCCAGUAUUGGUUCCUGGGCUGCUCCUACUUCCUGGGGCUUCUGAUCCCUGCUCAUAUCUUCAUCCCGGUCUUCUACCGCCUGCGUCUGACCAGCGCCUAUGAGUACCUGGAGCUCCGCUUUAAUAAAACCGUGAGGAUCCUCGGGACUGUGACCUUCAUCUUUCAGAUGGUGAUCUACAUGGGAGUUGCUCUCUAUGCGCCAUCCCUGGCCCUCAAUGCAGUGACUGGAUUUGAUCUCUGGCUGUCAGUACUGGCCCUGGGACUUGUCUGCAACAUCUACACUGCACUGGGUGGGCUGAAGGCCGUCAUCUGGACAGAUGUGUUCCAAACGCUGGUCAUGUUCCUAGGGCAGCUGGUGGUUAUCAUUGUAGGCUCGGCCAGAGUGGGCGGCUUGGCCCGUGUGUGGGAAGUGGCUUCUGAGGAACACCUCAUCUCUGGGAUCGAGCUGGAUCCCGACCCCUUUGUGCGUCAUACUUUCUGGACUCUGGCCUUUGGGGGUGUCUUCAUGAUGCUGUCCUUGUAUGGAGUGAAUCAGGCUCAGGUGCAGCGCUACCUCAGCUCCCGCUCAGAGAGGGCUGCCGUGCUCUCCUGCUAUGCCGUGUUCCCCUGCCAGCAAGUGGCCCUGUGCAUGAGCUCCCUCAUCGGCCUGGUCAUGUUUGCUUAUUACAAGGAAUACACUAAGAGCCCCCAGCAAGAGCAAGCAGCACCCGACCAGCUGGUCCUGUAUUUUGUCAUGGACCUCCUGAAGGACAUGCCGGGGCUGCCAGGGCUCUUCGUUGCCUGCCUCUUCAGUGGAUCCCUCAGCACCAUAUCAUCUGCAUUCAAUUCACUGGCAACUGUCACUAUGGAAGACCUAAUUCAACCCUGGUUCCCUGAGCUGACCGAAACCCGGGCCACCAUGCUUUCCCGAUGCCUCGCCUUUGCCUAUGGACUAGUUUGCCUGGGAAUGGCCUAUAUUUCCUCUCACCUGGGAUCAGUGCUGCAGGCGGCACUCAGCAUCUUCGGCAUGGUUGGAGGGCCACUGCUGGGACUCUUCUGUCUGGGGAUGUUCUUCCCGUGUACCAACCCUCUUGGUGCCAUCGUCGGCCUGUUGACGGGGCUCACCAUGGCCUUCUGGAUCGGCAUUGGGAGCAUAGUGAGCAGGAUGAGCUCUGCUGUGGCCUCCCCUCCCAUUAAUGGGUCCAGCUCCUUCCUGCCCAGCAACCUGACCAUCGCCACUGUGACCACCCUGAUGCCUCCCACCACCACUCUGCCACCCAAGCCCACAGGACUGCAGCGGUUCUACUCCCUGUCCUAUUUAUGGUACAGUGCACACAACUCCACCACGGUCAUUGUCGUGGGCCUGAUUGUCAGUCUGCUCACCGGGGGGAUGCGGGGCCGGACCCUGCACCCCGGCACCAUUUACCCUGUGUUGCCAAAGCUCAUCUCGCUCCUGCCCUCAUCCUGCCAGAAGCGGCUUCGCUGGAGAAGCCGCAGCCAGGAUGUCCCCGUGGUCCCCAACCUGUUUGCGGAGAAGAUGAGGAAUGGCGUGCUGCAGGAUAGCACAGACAAGGAGAGGAUGGCCGAGGAUGGCCUUGUCCACCAGCCAUGCAGUCCCACUUACGUCGUCCAGGAGACCUCCCUGUGACCUGCGCUGGGGACCCAAGCGGGACAGACAGCGGCCACGGGCUAUCCUGGAGCGGUGAUGAGUCACUGCACGUGUUCUGCAGGGACAUAUGAGUGGGUGGCCUAACCCACGACAAAGGACCUGGAUCUUUGAUGUUUUCACCUCCUCGGAAGCUGUUGCAUGCAAGGAUGAGACAGGGUUCUUCCUCAUCCCUUGCCAAUCUUCUCUUAGGGUCAGGUUUGAGAGGUUUGGAAUUAUGUCGCAAGUGGGGAAAUAAAUGAAUACUCAAAAAGGAUGGCUUCUGAUUAAGAAUGACCCGAGUCCUUUGGAGUGAGUAGGAACAUUUCUUAUAACGGCCCUGAGGCCUGAUUUGGCAAGAUUGACCAGCUCCACCAUCAAACACAAAGUCCUGGGCUGUCGAUUCCUCCCCCUCAGGUCAGUCAGUUUGGGUUCUCUCCGCCAUGUGUGGGCACUUGGAAGUGAUUCCAGGUUCUCUGUAACACUUGAGCCCCCUCUCAUUCUUAGCUACCUACCUCGAUCCUCGAGAGGGAGGCUCUGGUGUCCUGGGUCUCAGAAUAGACAGCUGGGGAACAUUUGUAGAGGGGGCAGGUUUUCUCCAUCACAGACCUCACCCCUCCUCGGGUGGGACUUAAGAGACAGGGUCCUCGCCAGGUUCUUUAUACAGUGUGCUGUUCUCUGAACUCCUGAGCCGGGCCAUCCUGGGUCAUUCUGUCAUCCGGGCGCCUGUUUCCUUUGGAGUUUCCGUCUCACAUUUUGUUCCUAGGGAAUAAAAUUAGCUGUUAGACCUAG